AUGCUUGCCGGGGUUUGUGUGUUUUCACGUCUGGUGUGGCUGGAGGUAACAAGAUGCAGUUUCUUGGAGGAAAUCGGAGGAAACUGAGGUUGGCAGAUGACCAGAGGAAUGCUUGCUACCCACAUAGCCUUCUGUUUUACUUGCAGCCGCCUUCUGGAAACAUAUCUUUGAUAGAAUUUGAAAACUUGGCUAUCGAUAGAGUUAAAUUGCUAAAAGCAGUUAAGAAUCUUGGUGUGAGCUAUGUGAAAGGAACCGAGCAGUACCAGAGUAAGCUAGAGGCUGAGCUUCAGAAGCUUAAGUUUUCCUACAGAGAAAACUUGGAAGAUGAAUAUGAACCCCAAAGAAGAGAUCACGUUUCUCACUUUAUUUUACACCUUGCUUACUGCCAGUCUGAAGAGCUUAGGCGCUGGUUCAUUCAACAAGAAAUGAAUCUCCUUCUAUUUCAAUUCAGUAUUUUACCCAAGGACAAAAUUCAGUUUCUUAAAGGAUAGCCGUUUGCAGUUUGAGGCUAUAAGUGAUGAAGAGAAGACUCUCCGAGAACAGGAUAUUAUGGCUUCAUCACACAGUUUAGGUGGGGUUCAGUUGGAGUCAGUU